UGCCUUCACCUAACAGUCACAAUGUCCCGGCUGUGUCGCAGCCUUCUUUGCUUUCCAUAACUAAAUGAGAGCAGACAUCAUCAAAAAUAUCGAUAAACUUCAGGAUACUGAUUUAUUUCCACCCAUACUUUUUUUUCUUCUUCUUCUUUGUUUUGUCCACUGUCCGUGAAGAGGAAGCUUUUGUCUGGAGACGUCUGCGUCAGGUCACCUUGAGGUUUAGAGAAGGCCUACGUUGAAGGUCGCAGCCAUGGUGUUGAUUCUGGGCAGACGGAUGAACAGGGAGGAAUCUACGAUCAGAAACUCGCCGGCCGUCAAGCGCAAGGUGUUGGAGGUGGACUCCAAAACGUCAGCCGGCCAGGAUGUCUUGGACUUCUGCUCCGGGGCAUCCCACUCAGAGGGCAUCCUGCAGGUGUUCAACGAGUUCCGCGACUGUCGCCUGUUCACCGACGUUGUCAUCAGCGUGCAGGGCCGCGAGUUCCCCUGCCACCGCGCUGUGCUUUCUGCCUGCUCCUCCUACUUCAGAGCCAUGUUCUGCAACGACCACCGGGAGAGCCGCGAGAUGCUGGUCGAGAUCAACGGCAUCCUGGCCGAGGCCAUGGACUCUUUCCUCAGCUAUGUGUACACCGGCCGCGCCAAGAUCACCACAGAGAAUGUCCAGUUCCUCAUCGAGACCUCCAGCCUCUUCCAGAUCUACACACUGCGUGACGCCUGCGCCAAGUUCCUGGAGGACCAGCUGGACCCUUGCAACUGCCUGGGCAUCCAGCACUUCGCAGAAUCCCACGCCCUGAAGCAGCUCGCCAGCCGCUGCCGCAGCUACACCCUGGCCACCUUCUCAGAGGUGGCUCAGCAUGAGGAGUUCCUCUGCCUGCGCAAAGAGGAGCUGGAAGAGUACACCGGCAGCGAUGAGCUGGCCAUCAGUAAGGAGGAGGUGGUGUUUGAGGCGGUGAUGAGAUGGGUGUACCACAGUGUGGAGCACAGAAAGCCCAUGCUCAAGGCCCUGCUGCACAAUGUGCGCCUGCCCCUUCUGCACCCCAACUACUUCGUCCAGACGGUGGAGGGAGACCAGCUCAUCCAGAACGCCCCGGAGUGCUACCAGCUCCUCCACGAGGCCAGGCGCUACCACGUGCUCGGAAAUGAGAUGAUGUCCCCCAGAACUCGUCCACGCAGGUCGACUGGAUAUUCUGAGGUGAUUGUGGUGGUGGGGGGCUGUGAGAGAGUGGGGGGCUUCAACCUGCCCUACACUGAAUGCUAUGAACCGGUCACAGGAGAGUGGAAGUCCCUGGCCAAGCUACCUGAGUUCACCAAGUCCGAGUACGCAGUCUGCGCCCUCCGCAAUGACAUCCUGGUGUCAGGUGGCCGUAUCAACAGCAGGGACGUGUGGAUGUAUAACUCCCAGCUCAACCUGUGGAUCAGAGUGGCUUCUCUCAACAAAGGCCGCUGGAGACACAAGAUGGGCAUCCUUCUAGGCAAGGUCUACGCUGUUGGUGGCUAUGAUGGUCAGAGCCGCCUGAGCAGCGCGGAGUGCUACGACUCCUUCUCCAACCGCUGGACAGAGGUGGCUCCCAUGAAAGAGGCCGUCAGCUCUCCGGCCGUGGCCAGCUGUGCCGGCAAGCUCUUUGUCAUCGGAGGAGGGCCUGACGACGACAGCUGUUCAGACAAGAGCUACUUGGAGUCUCCUAGAAGCAGAAUCCACACAGAUCCUCCAGGUCCUUGUCUGACGGAGCGUGUUGUUCAUGUCCAGUGCUAUGAUCCGGAGACGGACACCUGGUUGCUGCGGGCCAACAUCCCCAUCGCCAAGCGCUGCAUCACAGCAGUGUCCCUCAACAACAUGAUCUAUGUGUGCGGCGGUCUCACCAAGUCCAUCUUCUGCUACGACCCCACAGAGGACUACUGGAUACACGUGGUUCACACCUUCAACAAGCAGGAGAGCUCUGGCAUGUCGGUGUGCAACGGCAAGAUUUUCAUUCUUGGCGGCAGAGGGGAAAACGGAGAAGCAACCGACACCAUCCUGUGCUACGACCCGUCGACCGGCAUCAUCACAGGAGUGGCAGCCAUGCCGCGGCCGAUCUCCUACCAUGGCUGUGUAACCAUCCACCGCUUCAAUGACAAAUACCACAAGCCCUGAACAGAAACGAGCUCACACACACACACGCACUAAAUAACUUCAGCUUUCUUUGAAACGCCAGCGCUUCAAGUUCACCUCAUGCACAACACCAACACAAUCACACGCGUCUUUAUAACACGCACAUUAUCUGAGCUAAUUUAUUUCCUCACAGCAUCGUGUAGCGAUACUCGCCGCGGUGCCGUGAAUCAUUUGCUGUUGUGCACCGUUCUGUGGGAAUGUGGUGGAUCAUGCUUCAUGAGUGUCUCAAAUCAGAUUAAAGGGGCAGAUGUGCCUUGUUGGAAAGUUAGAGAUCACGUAUGACAGACGUAAACAAAACUGAUCAUGAUGAUGGUCAAAUAAAUGAACGAUAGAAAUAUACUCCAUAUUUUAUUGAAACGAUUGUGGGAGUAAAAAUAGUAAUUGAAGGUGUAUUCCUUAUAUUAGGAUCACAUAAUCUUGGAAACAAUAUUAUAAACUCAUGGUUCACUUCAACUUCAACCAUAUGCCAUUAAGUUAACUGAAAGAAACCAAGGUAUAUGGUCAAUGAAAAGCUAAUUACGCAAACACUUUGAAUAUUUUUCCACAUAAACUUUCUAAACAGUUAGUUCAUUGUUUGUAUCCCUAACUGCAUAUUAAAUAGAGUUAAUACAACAGAGAAGGUCUAAAACUCUUAACAUUAUUGAGUUUUAAUAAUAAAGUACGAUAGUGGUAAUCAGUUGUUAAGUGAACUUGUGCUUUUAUUGCUGUGAAAGUAACCUCAUCUCGCUCGGUUGCUGAGGAGCUUAAUCCUCCUGUUACUUUAGGGUCAAUUUGACCCCAUUCAAUGUUUAAUGUCGGUGUUCUUUCGGGUCAAUUUGACCCCAGGCUGUUUUUCACUUUGUCAAACAAAUAAGAAAUAUCAACUUUUUUAAAUAUUUAAAGGGCUAUUUAGAUAGUCAACAAACAAACAUAAAGUACCUCACACUUAAACUUGGAAAACAAUAUUAAUUCUAAUAAUUUUCUGGAGGUUUUAAUUGCUGGGGUCAAAUUGACCCCAAGGGUAAAAUAUGUCAGUAAAUAUAAACGGUAACAGGAGAGUUAAACAUUGAAUGGGGUCAAAUUGACCCUAAGGCAACAGGAGGGUUAAAUGAACUCAGAAUGCCAUAAGACCAGCGCAUGUUUAAACCACAGGUACAACAAUGAGCCAGGAAGGAGGUGAUAAUAUAACCUUAAACCCAAAGCACUCCAUGCUGAUACAUGCAUGCCACAUUGGUAAAGAACAUUACUAAAGUACUGUCCUCCGUUUUUUAAACUCUUUUCCUUCAGACUAUAAAUGACCUGAAAAAAUGUGGUAAACAGUCAGCCAGCUGUUCUUCCACAGUAUCAGUGGUUCUCAGUUGCUUUGUUGACCUUGUGCCGGGUUAAAGAGAUAAAAAGCGGAGGCUGUGCCACAAUAUUAGAAUAUAGCCUUUUUGCUCUGCCCUUGUUUUCUUUUUUUCCACAUCUCUCCUCAAAUCACCUAGUUCCACUUCCUCUGUGCGUUUCCCUUUUCCAUCCUCCAGCUGCACCUCACAUUACCAUGUCUCCUUUUAAGCUUUGUUUUUGCUCCAUUUAAUUAUAAUUAUUAAGAUCAUUUUCCAUUACUGUCAUAUUUUUUUUAAAGUUAUAUUUUUCCCCUUUUUUUCAAACCUAUGUUUACUGUAUUAUAAGUAGCUUCAGUUUGUGUCUUUCAUAUCGAUGUCAGAUCCUUGGUGUAUCAGAUGUGUAUGUGAAUAUAACUUUUAUUAUGUGUUCUUUGUUUAACUUGUAUUUAAAUAUAUCUCUUCCUUGGUUGAAUAUUGAUUUUCUAUGUAACUGAGCGCUCCAAUUGAGCACUUAGACCGAAUCCUGUUAAAUGUAAAAUGAUGUGUUGAGAUCUUCUUCUUUUGUUUUUUUACUGUAUCAGUAAAUGUUCUUUGCUUUCAUGUGACGUAUGAAAGAGACAGCUCCUCCUGUUGGCCACCACAUGCUAUGGCUUUGAUAUUAUAACAAAAACAACCAAAACUGCAGGAAGGGAACAAUGUCCAAAAUGAACAUUAUCUGCUUUCCUUUUUCGGCAAAAAGAAAAGAAAAAAGGUGGGGGUUGGUGCAUGUGUAUGUUUGUUUCUGGCUAACAAUGUGUACCUUCAUAAUACACAGCAUAAAAACAUCAGGUGGGGGUGUUUUGGCUUAAACCAACCCCCAGGCGUUUUCUCAGAAGGAUGAGUUCUUAGUACAGGCUGAAGAGAACCACUUCCUAAGGGCCACUUCGGGGUUACUCAGGAGGCCAACAAGAGGAGGCUGAGGCCCAAGAAUGUGCUCAAGCAAAAGAAUUGGAGAGAGUUAGAUAAAUACAGAGAGAGAGAGAAGAGAGUUAGAUAAAUAGAGAGAGAGAGAGAGAAUUUGAGUGUGUGUGCGUCUGUGAUUUCACUGAGUAUUUACACAUAACACAUUAUGUUGAUUUAAAGAUUUUUAUAAUUAGCUAUGAUGUUUUGUUUUGAUACGAUUUAUUCAUGAUUUUGGCUUUAUUUUUUAUUUUGACAGGUGCCGUGAGUUGUGGGACCCUUUGCAAUUUCACCUGGCAGGCUCUGAAUUAAACCCUGAAGAGUUGAGCAUUAAAAAAUGGAUUUGUAUGUGAAUGCAGAUAUAAUCCAAAAUGGAUUGGAUUGAAUCUCAAAGGGGACUGUGUUAAAUGCCGAUGGGUAUUUUGCAGUUGCAUGCAAGAAUGGGGGGGGGGGGGGCUUUAAUGUUAAGGAAGGCUGCCCGAUGUGCCUAAGUAAAAGAAUGAUGAGUGGGGAAUUAAAUCGUACCAUUUUUAUAUACACUUUUCUUAUCGUCUGUAUGAUGUGAUAUGUUAACACCACUUUCUCCUCAGGUGCGAGAAAACUUUGGAUGUUUGUAAACUGCAGGAUGUUGACAUGUGGUUGACUUUUGUAAGAGAAACAUCAAUAAAGUUUUCUUUCCAUUCA